AUGGCUGAUAUCGACGAGCAUCAUGAUAUUGUCAUCCUGGGGGCUGGCCUGUCCGGUAUCAACACAGCCCACAUCCUUCGAGAGAAGCUUCCACAUCGCAAGAUUACGAUCUUAGAGGCCCGACCAGUCAUCGGUGGCACCUGGAGCUUCUUCAAGUAUCCCGGUUUUCGAUGCGACUCCAUGAUGACCAACUUUGGCUUCAAAUGGUAUCCCUGGCCGCACGAAAACAAGAUUGCUGGCGCCGCGCAAAUACUCGAGUACCUAGAGAAUGCGGCCAGGCAUGACGGUAUCCUCGACUCGAUCCGCCUAUCUCAUCGAGUAACUCGCUGCGAGUGGCGCACGAGCGAUCAGGUCUGGAGACUCACUGUCGAGAGCAACGGCCAGCAACGCAUACACUAUGCCAAUUUUGUCCUCUCCUGUACUGGCUAUUAUUCCUACGACAAGGCGCAAGACGCUAUAAUACCUGGUAUUGGAGAGUUCAAGGGUACCGUUGUCCAUCCGCAGUGGUGGCCUGAAGAUCUCGACUACCAAGGAAAGCGCGUGGUCGUGAUUGGCUCCGGCGCCACUGCCAUUACUCUGAUUCCCGCCAUGGCGGACAAGACAGCACACAUCACCAUGCUGCAGCGCAGCCCGUCGUAUGUGGCCGCGUUGCCGUCCAAAUCUCCCGUCGACGCCGUGCUUCGAUUUCUGCUGCCGAUUGCUUGGGCGGGUUGGCUCCUCUGGUGGAAGGACAUGUUGUUUGAGACUCUCACCACUGUUUUCUUGCUCAGCUUUCCAUCUCUCGGACGGCUGAUCCUCACAAGAAAGAUUCGGAAGGAAGUCCCAAAGAAUGUCGACACAGAGAUUCACUUCCGACCGCGUUAUAAUCCCCACCAGCAACGUCUUUGCGUCUCGCCAGACGGAGACUUCUUUAAAACCUUGCACAGGGAGAAUACUGAAAUCGUGACUGGCGUGAUUGACACAGUCACUCCUUCUGGCAUUCGUUUGCAAUCUGGCAAGGAAAUUCCAGCCGACAUUAUUGUUACUGCGACAGGUCUCUUCGUUCAGCUGAUGAGCGGUAUGCGCCCGAUUGUGGACGGGACCAGCAUUGACCUUGGUACUUGCUAUACAUGGCGGGGAUGUAUGCUGGAGUCUUUGCCCAAUCUGGGCUAUAUCCUUGGAUACCCAGUGCAGUCGUGGACGCCCGGCGCCGAGAUUACUGCCAAAAUUCUUGCCCGAGUUAUCGCGUCUAUGGAAGUAAAGAACGUCGCAAAAGUUGUUCCCAAGAUCAACCGGUACAAGAACAUGCCAGCCGAACCAGCUCUUACCCACGUUAACAGCAACUACUUUCUCACGGCGCUGGAUAGAAUUCCCAAGUCUACAGGACAGAGUCCCUGGUAUGGACGGACGCACUGGCUCAACGACAUGUGGCUUUCGUGGACAAGACACCUGGACGAAGGUCUCAUAUUUACAGGAGAGAUAAAGAAGGUACGUUCUUGGUAG